GUUCAGGAGGGUAUAAAAGAAAGUGCAGGAGCCCUGCCACACUGGCUCUUCUGUAGUUUCUGAACAUCUAGACAGCAGGAUGUAAAGUAGGGGCAGCAGUGGCCAGGGAGGCCGAAUCAUAAAGCACUGCGGGCGGUGCUGACGAUACAAACAAUGAGGAAGUUAUGAGGACAGGAGAAAGGUGGGGGGGGCGGGUAAGAUUCUUCGGGAGGAAAAAAAAAAACCGAAGCAAGCUCCACUGAAGAUCUAAGAUAUUUCUGACACUAGAACCUUUGUGUACAGUUUUCGGUAACCUUCGGCAGGGGGUGCUCGGAAAUCGUCGCCACUUUCCGGACAGCCUCCCUCACCUCACCCUCUAGAAAAUCGUACAGUGUUUCCGGCUCUUCUCAGUUGCAGACGCUCGUAAGUUUCCGGAGAAAUUCGGGGACUAGGAGUCUCCUUCGCUCUGUUCGAUCGCCUGGUGCGGUGGUGCAGGGUCUCGGGAUAGUCAUGGCGUCCCCGUCUCGGAGACUACAGACUAAACCAGUCAUUACUUGUUUCAAGAGCGUUCUCUUGAUCUACACUUUCAUCUUCUGGAUCACUGGUGUUAUCCUUCUUGCUGUUGGCAUUUGGGGCAAGGUGAGCCUGGAAAAUUAUUUUUCACUUUUAAAUGAGAAGGCCACCAACGUCCCCUUCGUGCUCAUCGGCACAGGCACUGUCAUUAUUCUUUUGGGCACCUUUGGCUGUUUUGCUACCUGCCGAGCUUCUGCAUGGAUGCUGAAACUGUAUGCAAUGUUUCUGACUCUCAUUUUUUUGGUCGAACUGGUUGCUGCCAUCGUAGGAUUUGUUUUCAGACAUGAGAUUAAGAACAGCUUUAAGACUAAUUAUGAGAAAGCUUUAAAGCAGUACAACUCGACGGGAGAUUAUAGAAGUGAAGCAGUAGACAAGAUCCAAAGUACGUUGCAUUGUUGCGGUGUCACCGAUUAUAAUGAUUGGAAAGAUACAAAAUAUUACAUAGAAACAGGAUUUCCCAAGAGUUGCUGUAAACUUGAAGAUUGUUCUCCACAAAAAGAUGCAGAUAAAGUAAACAAUGAAGGUUGUUUUAUAAAGGUGAUGACCAUUAUAGAGUCAGAAAUGGGAGUUGUUGCAGGAAUUUCCUUUGGAGUUGCUUGCUUCCAGCUAGUUGGAAUCUUUCUAGCCUACUACCUCUCUCGUGCCAUAACAAAUAACCAGUAUGAGAUAGUGUGAACAAAAAAAAAAAAAAAAGAACAAGGGCUUAUUUCUCUGCAACUUAAAGGAUAUUUAGGUUCCCCUGUGAAUUAUAAAAUCGCCUGGUUGGAAGACUGACAUCACUAGUUACAGUAGGCUGAAAAACUACACCAGUAGAUUGAAAAACUACAUCAGUAGACUGAAAAACUAUACCAGUAGACUGAUUCAAUCAAGAUGUUUGUUCAGUAUGUUCUAAGUCCACUUUCUGUCCCAUGAUGUCUCAUUCAUGUUAGAUCUUUGAAACCCUGUAUCUCUCUGAAACACUGGAAGAGCUAGUAAAUUGUAAAAUGAAGUAAAA